AUGUUAAAACGCUAUGGCCAAUUGAGAAUUUACAAUGAUCCAGAAAUUGGUGCUAUUUUCAUCAAAAUCAAGCAUGUGAGAUGUCAAAUAGACAACAUCAACACCCAAAUUCGUGAAUCGCAAGCUACGAUAAGACAAUAUCUAUCUAACAGAUUAAACAGCGGUCUUAUUGAAGAGCAAAUCUGUAUAACAAAAAGAAAAUAUUACCAUGUUCGAAUCAAAAGAUUAAAGAGAGAACAAAGUGAAUGGAAACCGUCCUUUAUCCUUGAUAUGGAUUAUGCAGAAGCAAAAGAAGGUUACAUGAGAGCUGAACAAGAAUAUCACAAUGUGAAAAUGCGCAAUGAAAAAGAAAAAGUUCAGUAUGAAAAACUGUGUUCAAAAGACAACGAGACAAGCGGUGACAAAAACGAGGGUGAUUCAAAAGAAAUUUCCUCAGAUUAUGAUGCAAAAUUCUCUCUAACUGAAGAAGAAAGAAAUCGUAUGAAACAGCUAUAUCAUAAAACAAUACUAAAAUGUCAUCCUGAUAAGUUUAUUGACGAGAUUCAAAAGCAACAGGCUCAUGCAAUAUGCAGACAGUUAACGGAAGCGUUCCGUGAGCAAAAUUUAGCACAAAUAGAACUGAUCGCUGAGAAAGUAGAACAGGGAAUAUUGAACGUGGAAAUACCAAAGCAAAAUGUAAAAGAAUUGCUGCGUCUUGAACUGCGUGAAAAUAUCGAAAUAAUGAAGGAAAGGACCAGUGAAUUAGAAACGAUUCAACAUGAUUAUGUGUUUAAGGUAGUAUUAGUCCAAUAUAGGAAUCUUGACGAAUAUUUUGCUGAGAAACACAAGCAAUUGAGAGAAGAAUUAGACGAAUGGAAACAAAAUUUACGCGAAGAAGAAGAAAAAAACGAACAUAAAAAUGUCAAAGCAUAG